GAAUUCAUUACAGUUUCUGCACGAACAACAUCCCCUACUAUUUGGUACCUUGAAAGAAACCUGUUCUGUAUUCAUUCUUCACUGAUUUUCAAUGCUCUUGUAAAACCCCUUCACAAUCACAAACCAUUUUAUUUGGUACGAAGGCCAAAGCAAAUUCCAGUUGAGAUAAACAAUGUUAGAAGGUUCAGUAACCUUUCUACUGAUGAAGCUCUCAGAAAUUCUAACAGAUCAGAACGAUCUCUUGUUUGGGGUUCGGGGAGACGCUAAGUACAUCAGGGAUGAGUUACAGUUCUCGUUAGCCGUUUUAAGAGAUGCAGAGUCAAUGGAGGAGGAGGAGAUUGACCCUUUGCUAAAAGUGUGGGUGAAGAACUUGAGAGAUGUGGCUUAUGAAAUGGAAGAUGUUCUUGAUGAUUUCAAGCUGCAUCUUGCACAUGAUCAUGGGCAUGGCUUCUGUGUUUGUCUUAAUAAAACUUCCGACUUCAUUAUAUCUUUGAAAGCUCGUCAUCAAAUUGCUUCAACAAUGCGAGACAUCAGAACCAGAAUAAGAGAAAUCAAGAUCAGAGUAGAAGACAUCUCUAAAGCACGUAGUUCAUUUACCCACAUCAAUUCAAGAUGGCGAGAAGUCAAUUAUAGCGGUGGAGCGGACCUGGCUGCACAGCGGGAUGCUCUUCCACUAGAAGAAGCCAAUCUAGUGGGCAUUGAAAUGCCUAAAGGGCGGCUUAUUGGGUGGCUUCUUGGAAGUAAAUCAGAACUUGAAGUGGUUUCAGUGGUUGGAAUGGCAGGUGUGGGUAAAACCACAUUGGUGAAACUAGUAUACGAGAAUUCAGAAGUUAAGAAACACUUUAUGUUUUGUGCUUGGAUUGUUCUUACUCAAUAUUUCAAGACAGGGGACCUCCUAAAAGACAUCGUCCAACAACUCUACCAUGUGCUCAGGGAGCCAAGUCCUGAAGGAAUUGACACCAUGAGCGACCAUGAGCUAAGGGUGGAAAUAAAUAAAUUUCUUCAACAAAGAAGGUACCUUAUUGUCUUGGAUGAUGUGUGGAAUAAUGAUGCCUGGAAUACUUUUAAACAUGCAUUUCCAAACAACAAAGAAGGAAGCCGAAUAUUGCUUACGACACGCAGAAGUGAAGUUGCCAAAAAUGCCUCCAUUGAAUCUCCUGAUAAAGUCUACGCUUUGAAUCCAUUAUCUUCAGAAGAGGCUUGGACUUUGUUUUGCAGGAAGACAUUUCGGAGCAACUCCUGCCUUCCACAUCUGGAGAAUGUAUCACAACAAAUCCUGGGUAGGUGUGAAGGACUGCCACUUGCAAUUACAGCAAUCAGUGGUGUUCUGGCAACAAGGGACAACACUAGGAUAGAUGAAUGGGACAUGAUUUACAGAAGCCUCAGUGCUGAAAUACAAGCCAACAACAGUCUCGGGAGUAUGAAGAAAGUCCUGUCGCUCAGUUACUAUAAUUUACCAUACUAUCUCAAAUGUUGUUUGCUCUACUUCAGCAUCUUUCCUGAAGGCUACCCAAUUGAGCGUAGGAGACUUAUUCGAUUGUGGACUGCAGAAGGAUUCGUUGUCGAAACAGAAGGAAGGAUGCUAGAGGAAGUUGCAGAAGGUUACCUCAACGAGCUCAUAGAAAGAAGCUUGGUCCAAGUUGUAGAGGCUACCAGCGAUGGUCGGGUCAAAAAAUGCCGUAUCCAAGGCCUUCUGCAUGACAUUAUCACUUCCAUGGCAAAAGAUCAGGGUUUUGCAGCAAUAGCAAAAGAAGAAAGCAUGACGUUGCCUGAAAGAGUUCGCCGCCUUUCCAUACAGAAUGCCAGGACAAGAAUACAACGAAUAAGUCAGUUUACUUCUGCCUCAGGACUUCGUUCAUUGCUUGUGUUCUCGGGGCUAGAUAUUUUACCUGAAUCUCCAUUAUUUGAUCUUUCUCCUAGCAAUUUAAGAAUGCUCAACGUGUUAGAACUGGGUGGCACGCAAUUGGAGGAUUUUCCAAAUGAAGUUACUAACCUCUUGCUUUUAAAGUAUCUAAGUUUGAGAAAUACCGAGGUGAAUCACAUCCCAAGCUCUAUUGGCAAUCUGCAGUACCUGGAAACCUUAGAUCUAAAGAAUUCUCGAGUCAUAGAAUUGCCAAAUACAAUUCUGAAGCUCCAAAAACUUCGCCAUAUACUUGUGUAUCGCUACGAGACAAAGUUUGCUGAUCAGAUGGAAACCAAGCAAACAAUCGGCUUUAAGCUACAAACUCAUAUAAGAGGUCUACAGUCCCUCCAAAAGCUUUGCUUCUUAGAGGCAAAUCAAGACUUGAUGAGAGAACUAGGAAAACUGACUAAGCUGAGAAGAUUGGGCAUUGUGAAUUUAAGGAGAGAAGAUGGAAGUAAUCUUUGUCCUUCCAUUGAAAAGCUGACCAACCUUCGUGCAUUAUCUGUUGUAUCAACCACGGAAAGUGAGUUCAUCGAUUUAGGGCAUAUAUCUUCUCCUCCUCGAUUUCUUCAACGACUAUAUUUGAAAGGACGUUUAGAGAGACUACCUGACUGGAUUUCUUCACUUGACAAUUUGAAAAAGGUAGUUUUGAAAUGGAGCUGGCAAAGUGGUGAUCCGCUUCUAUCUCUUCAACAUUUGCCCAGUUUAGUACAUGUUGAGUUUGUGCAAGUUUAUGAUGGAGAGCUAUUGCACUUUCGAGCUAAAGGAUUCCGAAGCCUUAAGUUUUUGGGUCUGAACAAAUUAGAUAGACUCAGAGAGAUCAUUAUUGAGCCAGGAGCAAUGCCUUUUCUGCAAAAGCUAGUUGUCCAAAACUGUGGUCUGUUGCAGAGGGUUCCAUCAGGCAUUGAACAUCUUGCUCACCUAAGAGUAUUGGAAUUUAUAAAUAUGCCCGUAAAUUUAAUCGUGACACUACAUCCCGACCGAAAUGAUGGAGAUUAUCUAAAGAUUGCAGAGGUACCGGAGGUCUACUUCUACACCUACUGGAAUAAUGGUAAAUGGGAUGUCUUCUCUUUAGAGAUAUUCAGAAAAGGUGGUCCUCAAUCUAAGCAGUCCUCACAGUUGUCGACCAGUAGUGUUCCGGUUGAAGCUUCCUCUACUCAGGAGAUCACAUCUACUCUCCCUAUCGCACACGAGAUCACAUCUACUCUCUCAAUUGCUACAAAUCUUGCUGCUUCAAGUCCUGCUUCCACUGUUUCAGCAUCAAUUGGGGUGGAGACCAUUGACCAAGGUAACUUAUUGCCAUAUUAAACUUUUCCUCGACUGACCUGUCUGAUGUUAUAAAUCUAUAUAUUUGAUUCAGCAGGUUCAUCUGCAAUUCCCCCUUCAAUGAUUCCUACCAAAACUGGACCACCAGCAUCUCAUUCUGAACCUUUCCCAUCAAUUUUCACGGAAUUGGAAGCAACAGCAAGCUUGAGUCAGGUAUGAUGAUCACU